AUAGCGCUUGACAGCCGACAUCAUAUGUAACGAACAUGGCGGAAUCCACGAACAAUUCAGAGGAUGACCGUCUGUCGUGUAAAAUCUUGAUUAUUGGUGCCGGUAUGGCUGGAUUGUCGGCGGCGUCUCAUUUGUUAAAGAACAAUGAGACGGAUUUUCUGAUCGUCGAGGCGCGCGGACGUAUAGGUGGACGAAUCGUUGCGGCGCAAGUCGGCAAUGAGAAAGUUGAGUUAGGAGCAAAUUGGAUCCAUGGAGUGUUGGGUAAUCCUAUGUUCGAGCUGGCGAUGGCAAAUGGUUUAAUAGACAUUGUACAUGUACCAAAACCUCAUAAAGUAGUAGCAGCAUUGGAAGAUGGUAAACAAUUGCCGUUUCCUGUCUUGCGAGAGAUUUAUGAGGCUUAUGUUUGUUUCUUGAGACGAUGCGAAGAAUACUUUUUAAGCACAUAUAGUCCACCAGAUGGUAUAACUAGUGUAGGAGCGCAUAUUGCCCUAGAAGCGGAGAUAUAUCUGUCGUCUUUGCCACCCGAACAACGAAGAGUGAGACAAUUGAUCUUUGACUGUUUACUCAAAAGAGAAACUUGCGUCACGGGUUGCGACAGUAUGGACGAUGUCGAUCUUCUGGAAAUGGGCUCCUAUGACGAACUUCAAGGUGGUAAUAUCAGUCUUCCGAAUGGGUAUAGCGCUAUAUUGGAACCAGUUUCUAAACAUAUACCAGAGGAGCGUAUUCUUACUAAACACACCGUAACAAAGAUUAGGUGGCAGAAACAAAAAUGUUCUCGAGACGAUAAUGACGUUACGGGAAAACUUGAUUCUAAUUCAAAUAGCCUUAUAGAAGUACAAUGUGAAAAUGGAAAAACGAUCACCGCUGAACAUAUAAUAUGUACAUUACCGUUGGGCGUUUUGAAAAGGACAGCUCAGGAUUUAUUCGAACCAUCGUUGCCAGCUUACAAACUCGAAGCAAUAAACAGAUUAAUGUUCGGUACAGUAAAUAAGAUAUUUCUUGAAUACGAACGGCCUUUCCUGAAUCCCGGUGUAUCGGAAGUGAUGCUUCUCUGGGACGAUGAGCGAUUAUCUGAAGCGGAGAAGCGGGACAUUAGUAAAACUUGGUUUAGAAAGAUAUAUUCAUUCAUCAAGAUUACGGAUACACUGCUUCUCGGUUGGAUAUCCGGUCGCGCAGCGGAAUACAUGGAAAAACUGAGCACUACAGAGGUGGCGGAAGCAUGUACGACAAUUCUGCGACGAUUCCUCAACGAUCCUUUUGUACCAACUCCGAAGAAUUGCUUGCGUACCACGUGGCAUUCUCAACCUUACACACGAGGUUCUUAUACCGCAAUAGCUGUUGGAGCGAGCCAGCUGGACAUCAGGAGUUUGGCUGAGCCAUUAAUUCAGGAAAAAAUGGACGACGAGACGGAUGAAACAGUCAAAGUGCUGGUGGCAUUUGCAGGCGAACACACUCAUUCUUCGUUUUAUAGCACAGUACACGGAGCGUAUUUGACCGGUCGAACAGCAGCUGAAUUGUUCUUGGGUACCAAACAGAGUGAGAAGCAUGCAUUGAGUCUUAGUUGCGAAGAUACCAGCGAUUUAAGUUCGUGGAUACAAGGCAUUUCCUUGAAUUAAUGCAUAUUUUUUCAAGGAAUGGAUAAGCCUGAUAAUUUACAGACUUUUACAAAUGUUUAUAGAUGUAUUUAACUUAUAUACAUACGCGAAUAUUUACGUUUGUGCGAUUGCUUUCGUUUUGUAAAUAUAGUGCAAAAGCUGUCAUCGUGUACAUAAUGGUGCUUUUUAAAAUUUUAAGACUUUACGAUUAUAUGUGAAUGACAUGUGCAUUUAUAAUACUAUCGUACUCUGAUUCGUUACGAAAUAACGAAUACAGUUAAAAUAGGACACUGAUAUCGCAUAUGACGAUAUCACAAAUGCUGUGAAUUCACGAAUACGUUUUGCGGAAAUAUUUACAGUAAACAUUCAAACACGCAAGUGUUUAUUUUGUAAGAUCAAACCGCGCGUAAUACAAUGUUAUAUGCUAAACUCGUGUAGAUAAUAUAUUAAAUCGAACUCAGAGCAAGCCUAAUUCUAAGUAUGUGUGUAAAAUACACACAAGCACGCGCGCGCGUGCACGAACACACACAGUAAAUUAUUAAUGCUAUUUAUAAGAAAUUUUCUGAAAAAGUGCGUCAUAUAGUUUUUAUUCUCAAUUUUCUUGUAUGCAUUCACUCUCAGAUGUGAAUUAUUUGCUUGCUUGAUUUUAUUAUCACCUAUUACACGUUGUUUUUAGCAAAAAUCAAGUUCCAUCACGGAUCGACUUAAUCUAGUCAUUGAUCAAAUUAAGAAAUAAAAGAUAUUAAAAGUAUAUUUGAUAAACAACAAUAAGUCAUAUGACACGCGAUUAAAAUAGUUCUACAAAGUAGAACAAUUAUUCAUGUACAUACGCAUACAUACAUAUUUUACGUUUCCAGAUGCAGUCAUGUGCCAUAUUGACUAUUAGUAUUAAUUCUUAAAGGAAGAAAGCGGACAUAAGACAUCUAUCUUUUUGAAAUAGCGAACUAUAAUAUACAUU